AUGGGAAUGGAAGUGAUCGUUUUAACUACUAGGUUGUCUAACGUGGCUAGUGAUUGUGUCUCUAGUUCUUGCUUCACCAUGAAACCUUUAGAUGAGGAUCAAAGUUGGGUGAUGUUUUGCCGAAACGCUUUCCAGCAAGAACAUUGCCCUUAUCCUCAACUACAAAGUGUGGGAAACGAGAUUGUUAGAUUGUGCAGAGGACUACCCUUGUCAAUUGUUGUGAUUGGAGGGUUUCUUCUCAAAUCGCCUAGGACUGUAGGAUUGUGGGAGGAUGUUGCGAAGAAUAUAAAAUCAAUCUCCAAUUCAACAGAGAAGCAAGAGAUCUUAGAUGUGUUAUCUUUAAGCUACAGUCACUUGCCCUCUCUCCUGAAGCCAUGUUUGCUUUAUAUGGGGAUUUUUCGGGAGGACCAUGAGAUCCGUGCACGAAUCAUCAAACUUUGGGUUGCUGAAGGAUUUAUCAAACCAAAGAGAGCCCAAAUGUUAGAAGAGAUUGUAGAGGGGUACCUGAAUGACCUAGUCGACAAGAAUCUUGUUCUUGUUGGCAGGCAUCGAUCUAAUGGGAAGAAUAGGUCUUGUCGACUUCAUGAUCUGAUAAGAGAUCUGUGUUUGAAAGUCUCUGAGAAUGACAAGUUCUUCUAUGCCAAAAGGGCACUCGACAACAUGACCAAGGAGCGUCGCUUCAUAUGUCAUGACUUCAUCGAGAUGUCUGAUGCUCUGAAGUCAGCGCAGCUUCUUCGUUCUCUGGUAUGCAGAGGGUCGAAGCUGCCGGUUGUGUUUAACUUGUUGACUAUGGCUAGCGACUGUUGUGCGGAAGAUAUAAUGCAGAACUUGAACCUGCGGUGCCUUACUUACCGACCUUUGGUUUUCUCCACCUUCCUUCUUCAAUAUCCUUCAUUUGGAACCUGCAAACAUUGACUAUUGACGCGAAACACAAUAAUCUAGUCGUUGCCCCAAUUGAGGUUUGGAGUUUGUCACAACUUAGGCACGUGGAGUGCUCACGGAUUUAUCUUCCUCCUCCUCCUCCAAAUGACUGUGUUGUCAUGGGAAAUUUACAGACAGUGAUAAAAGCAGUAAAUUUGAGGUUGAGUGAGGAGGUGUGUAAGAGAAUUCCAAACGCCAGCAAAUUGCAUCUAAUCUGCGGUGAUAAGUUGGAGGGAUAUGAUGAUUGCUUGUUCGACCAUCUCCACAAUCUUGGCAGCUUACAUAAACUUGAAUCACUAUGGCUAGUUUCCACCUUUCUUAACUCCUUAUAUAUGCAAUGCAGAUCGGCUUAAGUGUGCAUUUCCGGUAUCUCCGAAGAAGUUGUCACUGACAAACUUGAGUCUUGACUGGAAUGAUCUGACAAUCAUCGGUUCUUUGCCCCAAUUAGAAGCUCUGUGUGAGGAUUUUCGAGAUGGAAUUUGGAAAUAUUGUCAGAAAUAGAAGUUGUAGUUCGUCUCGAUACGAGUUCGUGAGCGCAAACGGUUCAUAAAUCGGAGUUCGGACGAGAAAGUUAUGGCUAAAACAAGAAAGUCCCGCGCAGCAGUGAAUAGUGUCCGACGGGAAUUUCCGAAUUUUCGGGAAUUUUCGGAAUUUUCGGAUUUUAUCAGUAUUUUUGAGUUCUACAUUGUAUUUAUCUCCUGUGCUUAUAAAUAGGUCCUUUCCCUGACCUAUUAGACACAUCUCUUUACCCCUUUUCUUCAUCUUUUCAGUUUUAGACUUAGACUUUUACUGUUUUCAUAGAUUAGCUUUAUUUUUCUACAAGAUCCAAGCCGUCAUUCAACAUUCUUCCGGGUUUUAUUUAUUUCAUUUAUUUUAA